GUAUCUCAUUAUCCCCACUUUUGACGACACUAUGGGUCAGAAAGAUAAGAGAGGAACCUCUCUCUCUCUAUCCGCAUGCAAACAAUAGGAUCGUACGCCAAUGCUCGUUCCAGUUAGUAUAUAUUCCAGUGGCUAAGAUCAAAGGUGUAGAUACUUACAGAGAGAAGAAGGAGAGAUGUUACAUGUUCCAUUCAUCUUCGGAAAUGUACCAAUCAGAACGCAGUAUUUUCAUCCAGCAAGCAAUCCAGCACGAAAACAAGCAUCGUAUUCCUGGCUUUAGUGUGCUGGCUUUAGUUGUGAUCAAGGUUACUAGAUAUAUAGGUUAUCUCAUUGGUGAGCUUGUGGGCAGGGUGCGCAUCGGCAAGAGGGGCUAUUGUGGCUGCGCCAUGUUGAAUCGAAGACUGAUCAGUAAAGGACGGGAAAAAUGGCGCUCACUCAACAUGUUGCGAGUGAGCGCAUCGCUCAGUAACGUUCAGGACGAAAUCACUCAACAGUUGCACAACCGUUGAAUGUCGUGAACGCACCCUUUCUCUCUCGCACAGGAUUCACAAUGACGACGUCACGAAAGAAUGGGGAUGAGGCAAGCUGUAUAUGGAGGCUGCGUUCCAAUAUUCACUGCUAGCACUGAAAAUCUAUAAUAUACACACACUAUAAUAUACACUAUAAUGACACAGAGGCUGCGUCUCGAAAUUCACUGCCAAUACUGAAAAACUGUGGUAUACCUGACAUAAACUAUAAAUUUUUAGUACUGGCAGUGAAUAUCGGAACCCAGCCAAACUAUGGGUGCUUCCGAAAUGUCCAGGGUUGAAUCAAGUUGAGUUAAUUCCACAUAUAGUAUAUGUGACGGAUAUUAUAGUGAAACCAAUUCAGUUCGAUCCAACUCUAGACAUAUCGGAAGCAUCUUAUGUAUUUUCAGUACUAGCAGUGAAUUUCAAAACAUAACCGUAGUAACUUUGAGUUGUGAUGACGAUCUGGCAGUUUUAAUUUUUAUUCUCUUCUUAUUAGUAUAAAGGUUAAAAUAUUCUGGCACAUUUGUGAAAUCGAAAUAAAAUUAACUUGUUACACAUAAUUUGGCAUGAAUACUAUGAAAAGUUUUGUCUAUCCUUGUAAAUCCCCCCUAUUGAGGAUUAUUUUCUAUAAUAGAUUGAAAAAAGUCAAUUAUACAUUAGUCAGAUCAACAUCGACCAUAAAUAUUAAGGACAUCAAGUAUUACAGCAAAAUAAAAAAUGACUGGUGGGACACUAGUAAAAACGGUAUAAUGCUAUCUCUUCAUCUAUUCAACCCACUUAGAGUACAAUUUAUAAGGGAUGGUCUGGCUAAUACUGGUUUCAAAGAACAGACUCCAAGUUUGCCAUUGCAAGGAGUUAAGAUUGCAGAUGUUGGUUGUGGUGGAGGUAUCCUAACCGAGGCUUUAGCUAGAACAGGAGCUCAAGUAACUGGAGUAGAUGCGUCAGAAGAAUUGAUAAAUGUUGCUAAGCUGCAUGCAGAAUUAGAUUCUAAUAUAUCGAAGAAUAUAAACUACGUUCAAACAAGCAUAGAAGAAUUCUCUAGUAAGAAUGAAAAACUGUAUGAUGCUGUUAUAUCCUCUGAAGUUAUAGAACAUGUAUAUAACCAAGAAUUAUUUCUAAAGGAAUGUGUAAAACUUCUGAAGCCUGGUGGAUCAAUUUUUAUAACAACGCUAAAUAAGACUCUGAUCUCUUGGUUUCUUGGUAUUAUAAUUGCUGAAUAUGUUAUAAAUAUAAUACCUCGCGGUAUACACGAUUGGAAUAACUUUAUUCCACCCUGUGAAAUUCAACGUAUAUUGGAAAAAAAUGGUUGUAAGACUAAAUUAAUUCAUGGAAUAAUAUAUAAUCCAAUAAGUAUGAAAUGGUCUUGGUCAUCCAACACAAUACUUAACUAUGGCCUCCAUGCAGUUAAGAAGAAAGAAAUCGAUGUAUAAUUUUUCUCUGCAUAAAAUAUCUCAUGAACAUAAUAAGAUGUACAUGUACGUAUUAUAUUGUAAUAUCAUAAAAUUGCUAUAUUUUUGCUGUUGUUAUACUUAAUUAUUGAUAUUAUGAUACUAUGGCCAAAGCUCAUUGUACUAAAAUACUCCAAAGGUAUAAUAUAGGUCAGACACUUUAUUAAGGAAUAAGUACAAAUAUAUUGAAGGACAAAGAUUGGUAUUAUUAUUAAAUAAAAUCGGUAUAUGGUAUGAAAA